AACAAAAAGAUAACAAAGAAAAAGCAGGCACAAAAAUGGAGGAAGAAGAGAAAAACCCUAGUUCGAUCGACAUAGUUUCCGAUCUACUGGAAGCUAUAUUCCUUCGACUUCCCUUAAAAUCCAUUCUCAUAUCGAAAAGCGUCUCAAAACGAUGGAGAUCAAUUCUUGAAUCGAAGACGUUCGUCGAGAGACGAAUGAUUCUUCAAAAGAAGCGCAAAAUCCUGGCUGCUUACAACUGCAAAUGCGGCUGGGAGCCUAGGCUCCUCCCCGGGUCGUCACGGUGCAAAGGAAACGAAGAGAUUGUCUAUAUGCACUGCAACGCCGCACGACCCUCGUUGAGUUGCGACGGUUUGGUCUGCAUUCUCGAACCACAUUGGAUCGACGUUUUGAACCCCUGGACAAGGCAACUCCGGCGAUACGGAUUCGGAUUUGGAACCAUAUUUGGAGUAUGGUCGGCUUUCUCUCCGGGAAAUUGGGCAAUGGGAUUUGGUAGAGACAAAGUUACCGGAAGCUAUAAAGUAGUGAAGAUGUGUUUAUUAUCUCUCAGUAAGAUUAGGGUGCGAGAUCCUGAGGUGGAAUAUAGUGUUCUUGAUGUUGAAACUGGUGAAUGGCGGAUGUUGAGUCCACCUCCUUCCUUGGAUCUUCACAAAGAAGAGUUCCAUAAUGUCUUGGUUCCGGCUAUGAGUGUCACGCAAGAAACUCAUAUAGUGAACCUUGAAGACCGCCUGACCAUAGCGAAUACCGAUACUAAGGCUGAAUGGAAACUAGAGAUUUGGAGCAUGGAUGCAGAAGUAAAAACGUGGACCAAGACUUACUCCAUACAUUUAGAGAAUAGAGUUGCUUCCCUGGAAAGGCAGAACAGGUGGUUCACCCCGGUGUCGGUUUCUAAGCAAGGAAAUAUUGUCUUCUAUGAUAAUCACAAGAGACUCUUCAAGUAUUAUCCAAGGAAAAACGAGAUUCUCUAUCUCUCCGCAGACACUACUGUUAUAUCUUCUUUCUUUGAAAAUUUAGCACCACUUCCUCUGAAAUCAACCCUUCCAUAUCCUCAUCCGCGCAGGAGAACCAAAUGCCCCCUUUUGAGACCAAAUGAAUUUGGGAUCCUAGAUAUUAUCUUAGCCACUCUAGUAUUAGUAGGUUCUAUUUGGUCACCACUCUUAUUUAGAGUCAAACUAUAGUUUGAUUCUACUUUACAUCUUAAUACAUAAGAUUUAAUUUG